ACCGAGGUCCCAAGGCAGCGCACGCGUAGACCUGUCAAGCUUGUUCCUCAGACCCCGCCCUCCACUCGUGGGUGAUCGGGAUGUUGGGAGUUGCCACGGAGCUUUAGGUGGCCUGCGAACGCAGUUCGUCUCCCGGGCAACCAGUUAGGACAAAACCCGUCCUAGGUGGCGGCGGCGAUAGCGGCUGCGAUGGUGUCCAACCCGGUGCACGGCCUGCCCUUUCUCCCCGGCACGUCCUUUACGGACUCCACGAAAACAGCAUUUCAUAGAAGCCAGACACUGGGCUACAAGAAUGGCUAUGCAAUUGCUCGACGUCCCACAGUUGGGAUAGGUGGGACCCGGCUCCAGUUCAACCAGUUGUCGCAGGCUGACCUGGAUGAGUUGGCCAAUAAGGCACCAGUUCUAACUUAUGGCGAGCCUAAGCAGACCCCACCUGCAAGUUUUAUUCCUGCGCAUGUUGCUUUUGACAAAAAGGUACUGAAAUUUGAUGCCUAUUUCCAAGAAGAUGUUCCUAUGUCAAGUGAGGAACAUUAUAGGAUCCGUCAAGUGAACAUUUACUACUACUUAGAAGAUGACAGCAUGUCUGUCAUAGAGCCCGUUGUGGAAAACUCUGGGCUUCUUCAAGGCAAGUUCAUCAAACGCCAGCGGCUACCCAAGAAUGACCAGGGAGACCAUUACCAUUGGAAAGAUCUAAAUCGAGGAAUAAACAUUACAAUUUAUGGCAAAACUUUCCGCAUUGUCGAAUGCGACAGAUUCACACAGGUAUUUUUGGAAAGUCAAGGAAUUGAAUUAAAUCCCCCUGAGAAGAUGGUACUGGAUCCUUACACGGAACUCCGGAAACAGCCUCUUCGUCAGUAUGUCACUCCGUCGGACUUUGAUCAACUCAAGCAGUUUCUCACCUUUGACAAACAAGUUCUCCGAUUCUAUGCAAUCUGGGAUGAUACAGACAGCAUGUUUGGUGAAUGUCGGAAAUACAUCAUUCAUUAUUAUCUUAUGGAUGAUACAGUGGACAUUCGAGAGGUCCAUGAACGGAAUGAUGGGCGAGAUCCCUUCCCACUCAUGAUGAACCGUCAACGCAUGCCCAAGGUUUUGGUGGAGAAUACAAAGAACUUCCCUUGGUGUGUGCUGGAAAUUUCUGACCAAGAGGUGUUGGAAUGGUAUACUGCCAAAGACUUCAUUGUUGGGAAACCACUCACUAUCCUCGGGAGAACCUUCUUCAUUUACGAUUGUGACCCAUUUACUCGACAGUAUUACAAAGAAAAGUUUGGAAUCUCCGAUUUACCAUGUAUUGAUGUGAGCAAGAAGGAACCACCUCCUGUAAAACAGGAAUUACCUCCUUAUAAUGGUUAUGGAUUUGUUGAAGACUCUGCUCAGAAUUGCUUUGCUCUCAUUCCAAAAGCUCCGAAAAAAGAUGUUAUGAAAUUGCUAAUGAAUGAUAAAAAGGUGCUUCGUUAUUUGGCUGCACUGGAAUCCCCCUUCCCAGAAGAUAAAGGCCGCAGAUUUGUCUUCUCUUAUUUUCUAGCCACUGACAUGAUCAGUAUCUUUGAGCCUCCCAUUCGCAAUUCUGGUAUCAUUGGGGGCAAGUACCUUGGCAGAACUAAAGUCGUCAAACCACAUUCUUCAGCGGAAAACCCCAUCUACUAUAGCCCUAGUGACUUCUUCAUUGGUGCUGAGAUAGAAGUGUUUGGCCACCGGUUCAUCAUCCUUGAUACAGACGACUAUGUUUUGAAAUAUAUGGAGAGCAAUGCUUCUCAGUAUUCACCCGAAGCCCUCUUGUCCAUUCAGAACCAUAUUCGAAAGCAAGAAGCUCCUGCAGAAGAAUUGGAAACCAAGCAAACUGAAGUGGAUCCAGCCGUGCAGGAACUGGAAGCGUUAAUAGACACAAUCCAGAAGCGACUGAAAGAUCAUCCGUGCAAAGACAGCAUUCGUGAGGCAUUCCAAACUUGUGACAGGGACGCUUCAGGAUUUGUGGACAAAGAGAUAUUCUUUGAAAUCUGCGACUCCCUGAAAGUACCCGUUGAUGAUUCCUUGAUUAAAGAGUUAAUCAGGAUGUGCUCUCACGGAGAAGACAAGAUUAACUACUAUAACUUUGUCCGAGCUUUCUCAGACUGACCUGGCUGAUGAGAGAAUGCAAUACAAUGCUUUGAGGUUGGACCUACACUUUGAAAUAUAUCUUAUACCCUCUGUAGAUGCAUUUACAGCACUCUUGAAAUUAUUAUUAUUAUUAUUAUUAUUGUUAUUUUGGUUCUUAUAGUUCACUACUCUGAAGUCUAAAUUGAUUUGGAUCUCGUAGGAGCUAAGAUUGGUGCCUUGUUCAGGGAAGUGUAGGGGUAGGGGUGUUGUGAUGGUUAAUUUUAUGUGUCAAGUUGACUGGGCCUCGGGGUGCCCAGACAUGGUUAAACAGUAUUUCUGGUGUUUCUGGAUCAGGUGAACAUUUGAAUUCGUAGUCUAAGCAGAUUGCCUUCCCCACCGUGAAUGGGCCUCAUCCAACUCAUCAAAGGCCUGAACAGAACAAAAAAGCUGACCCUUCCCCAAAGAAGCACGAAUGCCCCCUGUCUGCCUUUAAACUGCGACGCCAGCUUUUGCCUGCCUUCUGAUUCACAUGGAAGCACUGGCUCUCCUGGGUCUCCAGCUUGCUGACUGCAUGUCUCAGCACUUGUCAGCCUCCAUAAUCACAUGAGCCAAUUCCUUGUGAGGAUCUCGUUCUCUCUAUAUACAUCCUGUUGGUUCUGUUCCUCUGGAGAGCCUUGACUAAUCAGGUGUACAGUGGUUAAGAGCAGGAAGGAAGAUAGGAUUUGCUCGGAGGAAAAGCCUACCCACAGACUCGGGGCGUUGGAAGUAAGCACACAGUACUAGUGUUGCUGCUAAGCCAAGGCCCCCGCCCCCACCUGCCUGCCUCAGCAGUCCAGGGAAAUAUAGCACAUGCAUUCCCGACUGUGGUUCUAGGCCCAUUAGUAGACCUGCAUUAAAAAAACGGAAUAGAAUAGCAAAUACUCAGUGUGGUAUGUACUGUGUCAUGCUUUCAACGGAAUGUGUAUUUACUAGGUCAUGAUGUAAAAUGUAUUUCUUGGUGUGGGUUGUAAUUAAAAAAAAAGACACACAGGAAAGAAAGAAAAUUCAGAAAAUGUGUGCCUUUAGAGAGCCUGCCUUGAGGUAGGAGGAAAAGACUAGUUAACACUUACUGGUUUUCUAAUGAGCUCCAAUGGACUUUCUAGAAGCAGAGCAACUUCAUCCUUAUAAAUGCUGUCUGCUUCCUCCCUGCACCUAAAGAGUGAUACAAAUGAGGACGGAGUUAUGUACGAUCCAGGAUGCCUGGCCCUCUCUGAACCAGCUCUCCCGCUGAGCUACGCCACCGCUAACCAGCUUAAUAAAAGGGAUGUAAAUGUAUC